AUCAGAGAACCCCCAUAUUGAUCUCCCAAAUUUAAGAUAUAUUGAAACCAUCCAUUUAAAAAAAUUAUGAAGAAGCAGCAGGCAAAAAAACACGGUUCCUAACCCGUAAAUCCCCACCCCGCCCCCACGUGAACACGCCCCCACCCCUUCCAAUUGGAGUUAUUUUCACUGUUAAAACUGAAGAAGCAGACUUUUGAAUUUCUUCUUCAUCGACCCAAGCAGAUUAAUGGAGUGAUUGCCGGUGAAUAAUACAAAUUCAGGGUUCCCAUUGUCGCCUGACACAAGGAAUUCACACCCUCAGAAUGCAACCGCCUUCCCCCCAUUCCCAUUUCUUCUCUUCCCUCAAGCGGUUGGAGAAAAGAUUGAAACUUGAAACCCCACAAAACCAGCAAGAAAUCGUAUCGGGGACUUCUUCUGAGUCUCUGAGCAGUCCUUUGUUCCUCCAUUCCUUACCCCAACCCACAAACACUUCAAAUAUCCAGGAAAGCGAAGUUCCCCAAGAGUUCUUGAAUUCCACAGAUUUCGUCCCGACCCGUGUAGAGGAAGACCCACCUAAAGAAACAGCAGGCAAAGCUGAAGGGAAUGUUGUUGACGAUAUAGAUCUGCUGAUGCAGCUUUUGGGCUUUUCUGGGUCUGAAGAGGGAGGGUCCUGCCAAAGAGCUGGGCAGGAAUUGGGCUGUGAUGAUGGGUUUUAUGGGAAUGUUGUUGGGGUGAAGGGUGUGAAGAGUAGUAAGGAAUUUGAGAGGUUGGACGGGUGGAUCAAACAUUUCUUGAAUGGUGAGGGAGAGAGGAGAGAGCCUCUGAGGUUGGCUCAUUUGCUCUUGGGAAAAGCUGCAUUUUUGAAUUCUAUGAACAAUGAGGAAUCUGAUGGCAUUGAGUUCCCUUCUACCAUUGAUGAGUUCUUGCAGAAUGACCCACCACACGAAUGAGGUGCAAUUUCACUAUGCAUCUGAUGCCAAUACGCCAUUAUGGAGAGAUCAUAGGUCUGAAGGCCGGUAUGACAACCCAUAUUGCACUUGAUCGUAUUGAUCUCCUACCAGUCUCUUCUAAUUGACCCAAUAUUUGAAAUGUCAUGUAUAAAUAUGAGUUUUGUUAUAUUGUACUCCCUCUGCCCGGAAUCAGUUUCCCAUUGUCACAACCCCUUAAAUUAAGGAUUUGAUAUUGG